GCAGACAAGAAGUUUCUUUUAUCUUCAUCACUUUAUCUGCUCCAAAAUCACAGACAAAAUCAGAGUUAGGAAACAAAGGGCUGGAUAAUUCAUCUGCCUUCUAAAAAUGAGUGAGAAAGAAAAUACGGUAUUUCAAAUAUAUUACCGUGGGAAGUUUGUGACUGAAAAAGAUGGAGAUGUCACAUACAGUGGAGGGGAAAGACAUAUGCUGCAGACACAAGCUGAGUUUCUGUUUAGAGGAUUGAUGGAGGAUUUUCCAAUGCCUUUGUAUGGUCAAAGAAUCUGGUACAAACUACCUUAUGAGAAGAUGAAGGAUCUGAAAAUAUUGGGUAAUGCUAGUGACACCUUUCGACUGAUGUGUGAAGCGGCUCGUUGUACAAAUUUUGUUGAAAUUUAUAUGGAGCAUGAGAAUGUCGAAGAUGCAGUAGUGAAUGAAGAGGUUCAAGAAGAAGAUCAGAAUAUUGGCGAGACAGAAGAGGUUGAAGAAGAUGAUAAUCAAAAUGGGGAUGAUGAGUUUGAAGAGGACAUUCGUGUAGAAGCUGUUAUAGGUGAGAUUUCUGAUGGAGAAGAUAAUGAAAACUACAGAGACACUCCUCCUUGUUCUGACGACGAAGAAGAACAAAAUCGUAGACCUUAUGAAGGAUGGAAGAGAGGCAGUGGAGAGUUACACAUAAGGCAAGUAUUUGAUAGCAUAAAAGAUUUUAAAGAUGCAGUCUUUGAGUAUGCAUUAAAAGGAGGUUGGAAUAUCCAAUUCACUAGAUGGGGAGAUAUAAAAUCUGAGGCAAAAUGUGGAGUAGAAGUUGAUGAAGGCGAAAUCCCAUGUUCUUGGAGGAUUUAUUGCUCGUUUGAAGAAUCUGUUUCACAAUGGAUGGUGAAGACUUUCCAAGAUGUCCAUAGUUGUUUCAAAGAUGGACACUGCAAGAUAUUAUCGGAUUCACGCAUUGCAAAGAUGUUCUUGAAUGAAGUGAGGGAGGAUCCAGAUAUUAAGCCCAAAGUCUUGCAAGACCAGAUUCAGCUGCGCUACAAUUUGAAUCCAUCUAGUGAACAAUGUCGAAAAGCGAGGAAGAAAGCUUUGGACCUCAUUCAAGCGGAGUAUGACGAACAAUUUCGCAGGAUCAAAGACUAUGAAAUAGAAAUUAAAAAGUAAGCAAUUUUUUUUUUUUGCAUUUGGUGAACAGAGAUAUGUAUAUUCUAAGUAUUUAAAAAUUUAAAUCUAUUUUUUGGUGUGCAGGAGAAAUGCAGGAUCGUCGACAGAUCUUAGAACCGUUAUUGGGGCUGCUGGACUUGAAGUUUUUGAUCGUUUCUACGUUUGUUUUGUUGUUCUGCGAGAGACAUGGCUAGCCUCUUGUCGACCUAUUUUGGGAUAGAUGGGUGCUUUCUCAAAACCAUGGCUAAGGGCCAACUUCUAGCUGCUGUGGGAAGGGAUGCAAACAACCAGAUUUACCCUCUUGCUUGGGCAGUGGUGCAUAAAGAGAACACUGACACAUGGGUUUGGUUCUUGCAAAAGCUGAAGAAAGAUUUGAAACUUGGAAACGGUGAUGGCUUCACACUUGUUUCAGAUAGACAGAAGGGUUUGCUUAUAGCUGUGGAUGAGGAGUU